AUGGGUUGGGGCUGCCUGUGGCUGAGUAUGAGUAGAUGGAGGUGGAGAUGGGGUAUUGAUCGGAGCUGCCUGUGGCUUCGGUGCUGCUGUCACAUCACUGUCCCCAAACAUUGGCGGCAUCCAUUUUGGAAGCUCAUUUCCCUUUCCCGUAAACCCCAUGGGGAAAAACCCCCAGCAGCAGUAAUAAGCCUCGGACCCCGGCACCAUGGGCGGCAUAGAAAGGAUUGGGGUGGCCGUGAAAGACCUCCUGCAGUUCUCGUUAUCACACCUCACGCAGCAGCCCUCGUAAACCCUUGGGUACUCGAACAGAUUGUAGCAAUAAGGGCAUGCCGUCCAGAAGUUCCCCGCCAAGCUAGGGUUUGCGCUGGCGGUCUCCUUCACUCCAGCACCGGCACCUCCGUCGGCGGCGGCGGCAGCGGCGGUGGAGCCUUCGCAGGCGCCGCCUGUACCUCUCGCGCUGCGGCGGACGGGAAGCUUCUGGCCGCCUUUUUGGUUGGAUCUGAGAGCACGGCCCACGAGUCCGCUACUAGCCGGAAAGCAGAGUCGGAGAAGGGGAACUUGUUCUUGUCCGGGUGGAGGAGGAGCGCGAGCCGCCGGUACUGCUUCUUGAUCACAUCGGCUUCCUCGGUCCGCUGCGGGAUCUGGAGAACGGCGUACCAAUCCGGCUGGCUAAUGCUGAGCCGCUUCCACAGCCAGGAUCUGAUCGGAGCCCUCGAGCAACGGCUCCGUCUCCUGAGCCAGAAUGGCGAAGUCCCUGCAGCCGCCGUAGUCCUUGUUACGGAGGAGCUUCUCGGCGAUGCCAAGGAGACGCUCCGCUUCAGCUCGGCUCGUCUCCAUUGUUGGCUCCUCUUUUGUUCUUUUGGUCAGAUUUGUUUUCCGAAAUUUAGGAAUUUAACAAUGUAUUGA